AUGCCUGCAGGCAGUCAGUCGAAGGUCAAAGCAAAGCUGUCCCACCAAAAGCAGCUCUACGAGGCGGUGCGCACAGACCGCAACCUUUACUCGAAGAAGCUGGUCGAAUCGCAGGAUGAGAUUGCCGAGAUGAAGCGAAAGUUCAAGAUCAUGUCGCACCAGAUCGAGCAGUUGAAAGAGGAGAUCAAAGAGAAGGAGGAGCGACUCAAGCGGGGCCACCAUGCGCACAACCGCAUGCAGAAAGAGUGCGAGUUUUUCAAAGACCAGAUGGAGAGGGCGAAGCGGAAGGAGCAGACGCUGAAAAGCCACAAGGAGACUCAGCAGGCGGAGAUUAAGAAGCUUGAGUCGAGGAUCCUUGAAGAGGAGGACAGACGGAAGCAGCAGAAGAAGAAGUACGAGGAGACCAUCAGCGAGCGAGACGUGCUCGGUACACAGCUCAUCCACCGGAAUGACGAGCUCGCGCUGCAGUAUGAGAAGAUAAAGAUCCAGCAGCGGACGCUCCAAAACGGGGAUCUAGCCUUCAAGCAGCGGCUAGAGGAGGCCAGGGCCCUGGGCGUCAAGGAGGCGCAGCUGAAGCGCGAGCUCCACAUCGGGAAGCAGCAGGUGUUGAACAUCGACGACCUCAAGCGGCAGGCGUGUUCCAGCUACAGAGGGAACUCCUCCAGGUGCAACGCGCUGCUCCUGGCACUCCUCCCUCCGCUUCUGGCGGCGCAGCAGGUGGAUCCAAGGGGUGACGAGGACACGAGAAAUGCCGGCAUACGCAUCUCGAACAACGGUGAAGACGAAGCCCAGUUUGCCGUCUUGGACGGAAGAUGGCGUUGGCUUUACACCUCCGAGAGCAAGGAUUGCGGCAGCGCCGCCGUCCGUGGUGCGGCGGCCCUUGAAAGGUGCUACUUGCAGGGGCUGAGUGCCACCAGAUAUGCGGAAGCAUAUGGAGUGGAGGUGGGUGUUCCAAACAACCGGGCCAUCACCAUGCGCUUUGCCACCAAGGAUGCGAAUGCCCCAUCACCGAACUACGGCUCCCGUAUCUACCUCACGGACGGAAAGGGCUACACGUUGUUCGCGCCCAUGGGCGGAGAUAUCGCUUUUGACGUGGACGUGAGCCAGGUCCCUGCAGGAAUGAACGCCGCAGUCUACCUGGUGUCAAUGGACCGGUAUGGGAACCUCAACUCCGUCAGCCCCGAUGGCGUGAUGAACACCGCAGGUUGGAUGCGAGGCCUUGGCUACUGCGAUGCGCAGUGCCCGAAGGACCUGAAAUUCGUCCAAGGUCAAGGCUACAACAAGGACCACAAGCUCGCUUCGUGCUGCCCGGAGAUGGACCUCUUUGAGGGCAACCGCUUCGUGCAGGCUGUCACGGCUCACCCGUGCAAGCUGGCUAAGGAGAGCGUUUGCGACUCCGAGACCGUGGAGGAUUGCAAAGCAGCCUGCGACAGUGCGGGCGCCGACAUCAACACUUUCCGCGAGUCAGGCCCGGGCCACGCGCUCUUCGACAUGGUGGACGUGUCCCAGCCGUUCAAGAUCAACACGACCUUCGUGACGGACAACGGGGCUGCCAACGGCACGCUGGUGGACAUCGUCCAGAUCCUCAGCCAGAAUGGGGUGACGAAGGCCCGGCUGUCGAUGGCCGAGCGCUUCCUGAACCCCAGGGGCGAGGGCUUUAGGCCAUACGACGACUUCACGCAGGUCUACGGUGGCCUGAAGCAGAUGGGUGAGGCCCUCCGUCGCGGCAUGGUGAUGGUGCUGGCGCUCUGGGCGGAUCCUAGUGGCAACAUGAACUGGUUGGACUCCUGCCACACGAACAAGACGGAUUACGACUGCUCGCUGCACGAAAAGUUCGAUGCGUCCGUGUGGACACAGGCUGUGCAUGCGCAUGUCUCCGUUUGGGACUUUGGAAUGCUCGGCUGUCAGCAGCUUCCUUCAUGUAAAGCCGACGCGGUGAAGCCGGGCAUCUGGCGAGGGCCCGCGGACUACUACCCGGACUACGCCGCUCGGCCCCACCUGGUCGGUGCGCUGUAA